GGAAGCUCCACCUGAAGCCAGCGUGGAGGAGCAGAGGUGCCCAAGGUUCGGCUGCUUUGGCCUCGUCUUUCGACUCGGAGCACACAGACCUUAUUAACGAGCCCCUGCGAGCUGCUGGCGUGCGGAGCGAAACAAGCUAUCGGUGGUUUUGAGACGGCCACGUCUUAAUUCUGACUUAUUUCCUGGUUGUUUGUUAUCAUCCCCAGCCCCGGUCUGCGCAUCGGAUGGACAGAAUGACGGAGGAUGCUCUGCGCCUGAACCUCUUGAAACGGAGCUUGGACCAAGCAGAUGACCGGGAUGAUGUCCUGGCAAAGAGAUUGAAAAUGGAAGGACAUGAGGCGAUGGAGCGCCUGAAGAUGCUGGCACUGCUGAAGAGGAAAGACCUCUCGGGCAUCGAGGUGCCCCACGAGCUCCCGGUGAAGCAGGAUGGUGUGAAAGUCUAUGAAGAAAAGCUGAAUGGGAGCCUUAGGCCCCAUGGGGAUGGCAGGACUGCAGGGAGGCCAGGGAAGGAAAACAUUAACGAUGAGCCGGUGGAUAUGAGCGCGAGGAGAAGUGACCAGGACAGGGGACGAUUAACCCCUUCGCCGGAUAUAAUUGUCCUCUCCGAUAAUGAAGCGUCCAGUCCCCGCUCCAGCUCUCGCAUGGAGGAAAGACUUAAGGCAGCAAAUCUUGAAAUGUUUAAGGGUAAAAGCAUAGAGGAGCGACAGCAGCUGAUCAAGCAGCUUCGGGAUGAGCUACGGCUGGAGGAGGCCAGGCUUGUGUUGCUGAAGAAACUGAGGCAAAGUCAGCUGCAAAAGGAGAAUGUGGUACAGAAGACUCCGGUUGUCCAGAAUGCGGCGUCUAUUGUCCAGCCAUCUCCUGCUCACGUGGGACAGCAGGGACUGUCCAAGCUUCCCUCCAGGCCUGGAGCUCAGGGGGUUGAGCCUCAGAACUUAAGGACAUUACAGGGUCACAGUGUCAUUAGGUCUGCCACAAACACGACUCUGCCCCAUAUGCUUAUGUCGCAGCGUGUGAUCGCUCCAAACCCUGCCCAGUUACAAGGGCAGCGGGUUCCUCCUAAGCCUGGCCUCAUCCGCACUACAACUCCGAGCAUGAAUCCAGCCAUCAACUACCAACCGCAAUCAAGUUCUUCUGUUCCUUGCCAGCGUACGUCGUCUUCAGCCAUCUAUAUGAACCUUGCCUCUCACAUCCAGCCUGGCACCGUCAACAGAGUGUCGUCUCCGCUCCCCAGCCCCAGUGCUCUGAAUGAUGCCGCCAACUCCCAGGCAGCCGCCAAGCUUGCCCUCCGCAAGCAGCUGGAAAAGACGCUGCUGGAGAUCCCACCCCCCAAACCACCCGCUCCCCUCCUGCAUUUCUUGCCCAGCGCAGCCAACAGCGAGUUCAUCUACAUGGUGGGGCUGGAGGAGGUGGUGCAGAGCGUCAUCGACAGUCAAGGGAAAAGCUGCGCGUCCCUCCUGCGCGUGGAGCCCUUUGUCUGCGCCCAGUGCCGCACCGACUUCACCCCCCACUGGAAGCAGGAGAAAAACGGGAAGAUCCUGUGCGAGCAGUGCAUGACUUCCAAUCAGAAGAAGGCGCUGAAGGCAGAGCACACCAACCGGCUGAAGAACGCCUUUGUGAAAGCUUUGCAGCAGGAGCAGGAGAUCGAGCAGAGGCUACAGCAGCAGGCGGCCUUGUCCCCCACCACGGCCCCGGCCGUCUCCAGCGUCAGCAAACAGGAGAACAUCAUGCGGCACCACACGCUCCGGCAGGCUCCGCAGCCCCAGAGCACUUUGCAGCGUGGCAUCCCCACCUCUGCCCGCUCCAUGCUUUCCAACUUUGCGCAGGCACCCCAGCUCUCGGUGGCGGGCGGUCUCCUCGGCAUGCCAGGUGUUAACAUCGCUUACCUGAACGCUGGCAUUGGAGGCCACAAAGCGUCGAGUUUGGCGGACCGGCAGCGGGAAUACCUUUUGGAUAUGAUCCCACCCCGCUCUAUAUCGCAGUCCAUCAGCGGACAGAAAUAACGCCUAUUGACCGUCCCCCCACCCACUCCAUCCUCCGCCCCCCGUUUCCUCCCCACUUCCGUCGCAUGCAGUGCCUGUACUGGUGCCUACCGUACACGGGGGAAAAAAAAAAAAGACAAAAAAAAAAAAAGAAACAAAAAACAAACAAAUGAGAAAAAAAAAAAAAAUCCAACAAAAAAACCGCAUUUCAAACCUUCAGCGACCUGUCCUUUUUCCAAACCUUCAACUUCUUGGGUUUUCUAGAGCAGUGAGAGGUCACUUCCUUUGCCCGAGGUCAGAACAAUGUCUGCUUGAAAUCCGCACUCUCCAGGUGUUAAAGCUUGUUUUAUGCUCUUUUUUUGUAAUGACAAAGCAUAGAAUUUUUAAUUGUGUUGUGGGUUUUUUGGUUUUUGGGCUUGUUUUAUUUUGGUGGGGUUUUUUUCCCUUUUUUCGUUAUUUUUUAUUUUUUUUUUUUCCCCUCCUUUGCUCAAUGGAUGGUUCAACCUUUUUUUCCUUUCCAGAGACUUUGUUAAGGGCACCCGCUCGACGUUAAGUGACCCUGAGAUUUUUUUUUAAAGGGCAGCCUAUGCCAACCCACGGGGAAAACGGGGGCAAAAGAGACGCACGUGAUGGGCCGGAGCCCGCGCCGCUGCCGGUGGUGGGCUGCCACGCUUCCCGCCGCUCGGCAGAAGAAAUCAGGAGACGCCGAUGCCAACGCCGUUGCUCCCGUCUCGCCCGGUUUGGUGAGGAGCCGGUCACCCGGCACCCAUGGGGGCGACGGAUGGUGCUGGCAACCCCCCCCUUGCCGGACCCGAGGAGCCCGACGGGUGUCGAUGCCGCCCGGUGAGCCCCCGGCGUGGCGCGUGCCGGCGGGCGGCGGCGCUUCCAACAACCGGUGGCCUGGGGCGCGGUGAGUCCCCGUCCUCUCCCUUCCGUGCUCUUGCAUGCUCCGGAGCCGCUCUUGGGCGUCAGCACCUGUCACCGGCUCUCACGCAUGAUGGGGACGGCACCGCGGUCCCUUUCAGACGAUGGGGACGGCACCGCGGUCCCUUUCGGACGAUGGGGACGGCACUGCGGUCCCUUAUGGACAAUGGGGAUGGCACCAUGGUCCCCAUGCAGACGAUGGGGAUGGCACCGGGGUCUCUUUCGGAUGAUGGGGAUGGCACCGGGGUCCCUUUCGGGCGAUGGGGACGGCACCACGGUCCCGCGUGGCACCUGGGCUCCGGCCGGCGGCGAACGAACCCAAAGCAAGAAAUAAGCCGCGAAAAAAGUCAUCUGAGAAACGCUCUAUUUGCACUUAACCUGCACACUAACGGGCCCUCCCCUCCUCUUCCUCCCCCUCCUCCUCCUCCUCCAACGCUCCCAGCCAGCCGAAAUUGCGCCCCGGCUGCCAGAGGGACCCCGGCAGAGCCGUCCCCGUGUGUGUGUGUCCCCCCCCCAUGACCCCCUUGGCGCCCAAACUUGCCCAAAGCCAAACAUCUGGGGUUUCCUGAGAGUUUUCUGGUGGGUUUUUUUUUUAAUAUUCAUUUCCUUUUUUUUUUUUAAUUUUAAUUUUUUUCCCUGCUAUUCCAAUUUUC